AUGGGUAUAAUUUUAUCAUUAUAUCAUUAUAUCAGAGGACAUGGAGGUAUUAAUCAACUCGGUGGAGUUUUUGUUAAUGGUCGACCAUUACCCGAUCUUGUUCGUCAAUCAAUUGUUGAUUUAGCUAAACAAGGUGUACGACCAUGUGAUAUAAGUCGACAAUUACGAGUAUCACAUGGUUGUGUAAGUAAAAUUCUUGGAAGGUAUCAUGAAACAGGUUCGAUUCGUCCCGGUAUUAUUGGUGGAAGUAAACCAAAAGUUGCUACACCAAAAGUUGUGGAUGCUAUAAGUAAUUAUAAAAGUCAAGCACCAACAAUGUUUGCAUGGGAAAUUCGUGAACGUCUUAUUGCUGAUGGAAUAUGUGAUUCAGAUAAAGUGCCAAGUGUUAGUUCGAUUAAUAGAAUUGUUCGUAAUCGUGGAAAUUUAAAUGAUAAUUUAAAAGCAAAUAAUCAUAAUAAUAAUAAUAAUUCAUCACCAACAACAUCAAAUGAAACAACAACAACAACAACACCAUCAGCUAUUAUAAGUGGUACAACAAGUAAUGAAGAUGAUAGUCGAAGUCAUCCAACAGGUGUACCAUCAUCACCUAAUGGUUAUAGUAUUCAUAGUUUACUUAAUCAUUCACAAUAUAAUUUACAUUCAAAUGAAUAUUCAAUAAAACGUUCUCAUCAUCAUCAUCACCAUAAUCAUCAUCAUCAUGGAUCUCGUAUAAAUCAUCAUAUCGAAAUGCUUGAUUAUAAACAUUUUUCGGCUGAACAAAUUAAUUUUUUGGAUAAAUUUUUUAAAGAUAAUCCAUGGGCAGAUAAUGCACAAAUUGAAUCGAUUGCUAAAGCAACUGGUCUUUCGGAAUCAAUAAUUAAAACUUAUAUUGAUCAACGUCGUGCUAAAUGGAAUUCAAUGUAUACAUCAAAUAAUUAUCUUAAUUAUAAUACAAAUGAUUUUUCAAAUGAUUUAUCAACACAAUCAUCAUUUCAUAAUGUUAAUCAACAUUUUAUUGGAAAUAAUAAUACAAUGAAAAAUGAUUUUGAUAUAUCAUCAACACAAUCUAAUGAACUUUUUUGUUCAUCAUCAACACCUUAUCCAACAUCAACAACAAAUUUUCCAAUACCAGCACAUGCAUCAGAAUAUUAUUCUUCAAAUCCAUAUUCAACUGAUUGGCGUUAUUCAUCAUUUUCAAAUUUUAAUCGUGAUAUUCAUCAAUAUUAUCCUUAUUAUGUAUGCGAUUCAUCGCUGAAAUCCGAACCUAUUCCAUAA